UAAUUGAAAAUAAUAAUGACAAUAUAACAAGUUUUGGAGAAAAUAAUACUAAAAAAUUCGAAGAUUGUUAUUCUAAGGUUAAUGUGAUACGUUAUCAAGGAAAACAUACUUAUUACUACCAAUAUAAUAUUUUGGAUUUGGAAAAUUAUCCAACAAUUGUGCGAAGUAAAUUUCGAAUUCCAAAUGGUUAUCUGGUUCAAGUUUUAAUUUAUGAACGGGAUGUUAUUUGUCAAACAAAUUACGAAUUUAAUGGAAAGGUGGCAUAUCAGGUAUCACGGGAGGAAGGUGGAAAAAGGUAUAAUGUAAAUAGUUUAAAAUCAGCUAGUUCUACUUUAUCGGGUGUUAUUUUAUUUGGUUUAGAUUUAAUAUGUCUUGAGUCACUUCGUGAAAACAAAGAAAAUAUAUUACCAAUUAAUUCAAAAAAAACAAAAACUAUUUUCAAAUCUUAA